GGUUCGACUCUUGAGCCCCUGCUUCUGCUUCUCACCCGUGCGGAGCCGACACACAUAUGUAGAACUGAGCCCGUUUUUUUUUACACCGCAAUCGGAUCCGACUAAGUGCCCCCACUUGUGAACGAAAUAUUUGACCUCCUCCGUGCACUUGAGGCGGGAUCUGAUCCAUGCCCGACCUGGAAAUCCCACGUAAAUUUCCAUCAUUGCAAAUUACUUUCAUUUGUUUUGUUGUUUUUUUUUUCCCCUCGUAGCUUGAACAUAAGAGAACAAUUAUAAUCAUUUGGAUCGUUGCUCAUAAAAGGUGAUAAUUGUGCACAUUUGUCAUUCGGUCAGUAGGGUACGGUUUUCCACAUUCUAUACGCCAAACAUUUUCGAUUCUCUAUUCGCGUUUCGUAGUAUUUUGUGUAAAGAACCAAUCCACAAAUCAUGAUUUCAUCCACUUUAAAAAAAAAAAAAAAAAAAAAAAACCUCCAACAAUCCUCUUGAUGCAUUCAUUCGAAAUAAAUGCAAUGAGUUCCAUGACUUAAGAGAAAAUUAUUGCAAUAGUGACACGACUAUUCCAUAAUCAUCAGGUAGUAGGAGGGGAAAGGGGCGGGGGGGGGCAAUAAUUUAUUGCAGCCAAUCAGAAAGUGCCUUUUGCCCAUUGCGCGAUUAUUAUGAUUGACAUAUUCUCUUUGAUUUGGACUCCGAUCAAAUCGGCAUUUGAACGUUUUCACCUGUCAGAAUCCGUCCGGUUCGACGUCGCGUCGGUGCUGUUGGUUCCCCCACAAACCCCUCAGAACCUCCACUGCGAACAAGUGGGCGUGGAAGAAUAAUGAAGCCCCCACCCUCACCCACUCGGGAUUGGACGGGAAUGCUGUCAAUCUUUCGUGGGAGAGGAAUACGCGCCUUUAUUUAUUUACUUAUUGAAAGCGUCCCACGGGAUUGGGCGGGACUGGGAUCGGGAGGGAGCCCGAGCCCGAGCCCGAAUCCGAAUCCACUCCCGCGGAAGCCUCGAGGAGGACGAUGGAGUCGCCGACCGGGACCCAAGAACGCCUCAAGUCCGAGCUGAGCAGCAAAGUCAGGAACCGGGACCCGUGCGUCCAACUCAAAGAGAUUCGGGGCAAAUCGGCCAUUUGCGGCAAAUUCGCCCGAAUCGAGUGCGACGGCGUCGACACCGAUUACGCCGCGUGUCGGACGUGCGCGGUCCCGGUCAAGUACACGAGCGACUCGGGCACGAGCGGCCUCAUUCGCCACAGAUGUCCGACCGCGCCGAGUCCCGAAAAGGCCAAGUUGCCCCCGGGCGUCAAGACGCGCCUGGCGGCCAAGGUGGCCCGCAUGUGCUGGCGGGAUUUGCGGCCGCCGGCGUUGGCGGACGGCGGCGGCGGCGGCUUCGCGGACGUGGCUCGGGAGCUGCUCGUCAUCGGGGCCAGGUUCGGCAGAAACGUUCCGCUGGGGGAGCUGCUGCCGUCUGCGAGCGCCGUCUCGCGACACUUGCGGGAGGAGUACGACAGAACCAAGCGACACGUCGUGGACGAGCUGCGGCAGGUCAUUUUCCGCCGCUGGCUUAGACAAUGCGGCGGAAAUCCCACGUUGGUUGCGGCCAGGACACGCCCCGCAACGCGAUUGGCUCCUGCUACGACACGACGUGAUGCUUUGUCGCUCCAGUGCCAAGGCCGCGCCGUCAGCACAGACGUUUGGACGGAAGCGAGGGGCGGCCGGCGCUACCUGACGCUGCGGGCCCACUACGUCCGCCGGUGGCGCCCGGUCGCUCGGGUCCUGGCCACGCGAGAGCUGCUCGGCGCCGAGGACGUCGAAAGGACCGCGGGGGAAAUCCUUCAGGAAUUCGGCAUCCCGAGCGAGGACGUCGUCUUCGUGACGGACGGCGGCCCCGACGCGGCGGCCGCGUUCCGAGAUCGCACCGCGGUGUCGUGUGCCGGCCGCAACAUCACCUCCAUCCUCCGAGAGGUCUUUGAGGCCCUGGACGAGAAGAACCCGCUCCACGGGCCCGUCGUCGAGCUGCUGGCCGCGACGAAGAACCUCGUCGGCCACCUUAGAAGCGCCACUCUGGAGGAGGAACUGGAGCCGUUUUUGCAGCAAGCCGCGGAGACCAGAUGGCAUUCCAAACUGGCCACGCUCAAGUGGGUCGACGACGCCCUGAAGUGCGGCAAACUCUACGAUGUCCUGCUGGCUCGAAACCAGCUGCGUUUCCUGGACGACGUGGACGCGGCGCUGCUGGGCGACGUGGUGGCGCUCUUGACGCCGUUCGACGAGGCCGCGCGGCACCUCUCCUCCGACGCGCCGACGCUGCACCUGGUCCUCCCCACCAAAGCCACCUUGCUCAAGGGUUUGCUGCGCUGCGAUGAAGACAGUCUGAUUGUGACAGAGCUAAAAGCGAAGUUGACGCAGGCGCUGGACUCGCGCUUCCAAAUCCAUCUGUACCACAAGGCGGCCACGGCCCUCUGUCCCGGCCUCAGGAGUUUCUUGAGGAAGAGCGUCAGCGUGCAGGACUACGAGGAGGUCAUCGGGACCCUGGCGCGGCUCACCGAGAAAUUGGAGGCGCCCCAGGAAGCCGCGCUCGGUCGACCCCCGGCGACAGAAGUCUCGGCGCUCGACGACUUCUUUGCGGCCUGCAUGGAAGCGGGAGACGAGGAAGAGGAGGAGGAGGAGGAAGAGGAUCGGGGGCCGGAGCGCUCGUGGGGGCGCCACCUGGUGCAGCACUACAUGAGCGAAAAGAUAGCCGCCGCCCACUCGCUGCUGGACUUCUGGAAGGACCGGAGCGGCGCUCUGGUGCCCGUCGCCAAGAAAGUGUUGGCCAUCCCGGCCACGAGCGCGCCGCCUGUGCGAUGUUUUAACGUCGCGGCGGGCGGGCUCGCCGAAGAGCGACGCGCGACGCUCCAGCCGGAAAACGUCGACGUUUUGUUGUUCCUGCACGGCAACAUGUAGACUUCGGGGCUCCCCUUCUGCGCCUCUGGAACGUUCCGUUCUUCUCGCUGUUUCGACUCAACGUGUGGGCAGCGUUCUUGUUCAAAUGUCGAUAGCUUUCUUAAUAAAGUUGAAUUUUUGGACCGUC